ACCGCCUGCGACUCCGCGCUCGGGUAUUCGGGCCUGGCGCGACGGGCUGACGGCGACGCUUCAGUCUGCGCUCGGCCUCCGCACACUGCGCUUGUGAGUGACGCCGUGCUAGUGACUUUGACAGUUGUUAUCGUGAUCGUGUGAUGUUUUCGUAUCGGAACUAUGGUGUAUCCCCAUGAAAAUGUGGAGUGAUUUCCAGGGCUCGGGCGGCGGGUGCGGCGCCAAGCGGCGCGCCGGCUCCCCGUGCGAGGGCGGCGGUAAAGUUGCGCGCUGGGAGGAUUCGAUAGCGCGACUGGAGGCAGUAGCCGCCGGAGCGGGCGGCGGCGAGUGCUGGCGUGCCGAAGACGAGGAACGGCGCGCGUGUCGCCGACGCUGGUGCGGUGGUUGGUGCGGCGCGCACGAUACCAUACGCGCCGAGAACGGCAAAUCCUACCUCGAACUGGGCGGCGCAGCCGCGCGUGCCUGCUGCGAUGGCCGUGCCGCCGGUCGCUGUGCUUCGCGACGCUGCUACCGCGAGCGACGUCUCAAGAUGAUGAACCUUUGCGCCUUGAAACUGGCGCGUUUCCGCCAGACCGCGGACCCCUCACUGCGGCGCUCGGUUCUCGUGUGCAACACGCUACGAGGCAUCGAAAGGGAGAUGGAGCGCGAGAGCGCCGAAGAGACGCCCGCGCCCUUCGAGGCCGCAUGUGCCGCGACGGCGGCAGGCGCGGCGCGCUGCGAGGUGCUGGGUGCCCGGGAUCCUGCGGCUGGUCGCGCCACACCUUUCCCGACGCCGCCCCCACCAGACCGCGACUCGGGCUACGGCGACGAGGAGCAGCGCACCAUCGACUGGGGCUCGGUGCUAAGCCUGUCGUCGCGAUCGGCGCUCGACCCCCCCGAGGACGCGUGGCCCGACGACUGGGGCUGGAGCGAGGACAGCUUCGUGCGGCUGCUGGUGCCGACGAGUUAGUGGUUGCCGCGCGGGCAGGAUGCGCCCGCGCCGCACUGAGCGCCUGUGAUAGGUGGGCAGGCCGCGCCGCGGCGAGCUGAGGGCGGCCGCGCGGCGCGGCGAGGGCCGCCCGCGCGGCACAUCUAGUCGGCGCCACGCCGCCACGCAGUCAGUAGUUAGUGUUAUGUGAUUAUUAAUGGGAAGGUGCUAGCUUCGGACGACACGCGGGACUUGAUCGCGAGCCGAGUUAUUUUUGAUAGUUUUUUUUCUUUAAGUGGACUCAGAACUGACUUAGCAGCAGACGUUAUUACUGUUCGUAUCGAAACUCGGGUGUUUGAAAUUUUUGUUGAAAUUAUUGUGUAAUUAAUUAGAUAAAUGCUAUAUUUAUUAGGUUGAAAGAGAGAAGUGAUGAUUUAAAAUUAUUUCUGUCUUGAUAUUUUCUAUCUGAUGUAUUUUAUCGACAAAGCGUGACUUCGGGUGGGUUAUGUUAUAAAGAGGCGUUGCCGUUCGUGGAAGUGUGUUCUUCAUUUAUAUCCCGGACAAAGUCGAAAUAAUUGCCGAGCUCGCGUUUAUGUUUCUGUAAUUUCCACUGCAUAUUUCAAAAGAGCGACUCCCACGAACGGCAGUCGUCAGUACGUCAGACUCAUGUGUGGACAUGUGCCGAAUCUUGUGACCGUCUAUGUUGUAAAGGGGCACUGUAGAAUGCAGUUUCAAACUUCUAAAGGUUCAUUUGAAUAUUGACGAACAAAAUUGUAAUUAAAUACGUAGUAAGUACUUAAAUUAACACAUGAACUUUCAUUAGUUCCGCAUCCAUUGCUCCAGGGCGGCACUGUAAUUGGGUGUCAAUUAAACAGCCUUAUCGACAGUCAUGUUUGGAAGUCUCACGAUUUUUGGCAUCAUUAUACAUUGAAUAAUUGGAAUUUGUGAAACGUGAUUUAACAUAAUACCGGUCGUACUUAAAGCCUCUCACAGUCGGAAUUGUAAAAUAAACGAAAUCUGUCCGAGAACCCGAUGGCCGUUUGAUGAACGUUUUACUUUUACCGAUAUGUACCAAUUAAGAACAAUAAUAAUUUAGGAAUAAUACAUACCUACUAAUAAAACUAUCAUUCAAUAAUUUCUUACGGUGUUUACUACUAAUAGUUAAAUGCAGUUCCUAAUAUGUAAUUAGUUAAAAUAUAAGUGAAAAGUAACAAUUUAUUUGCAGUAUUUAAUUCUAGUUUUGUAUCGACGUUCAUUAGAGGGGCAUCGGAUCUCCUUAGAGGGAACCUCCUUAGUGAAUUAGGGAAGUUUGACUGAUAGAAUUGAUUGGUUUUGGGAAUGCAAUGAGAUUUGAGACAUCGAAAAUACUAAUAUAUAACAAUAGAUAGAUUCAACCCGGCCUCCCUAAGAGAGUUCUAGUCAACCCGAUCCUACGUCAUCAAAGUGUAAUGGAGUGUUUCUUUUGAUGGCGUAGCAAUGAUGUGUCCUCUCGUUAGUGACGUCGGAUUGCGAGCAACUUGCGUGAAAUGGGACUUAAUGAAUCUGCGUGUCAUCGGGAUUUGCGGUCGGAGCCAGCGACGCGAGCGUUAACCGUGGAUAACGACCUUUAGUUAUUAUUGACAAAAUUAACUAAUUUUAUCGACGAGCUUAAAGGUUUUUCGUUUCGAUUGAUGUAUUGUGGCUCAUCCGUUUCGCGGCGCCUCGACCGCCCCGACCGCCCCGACCGCCCCGACGCGCGGGCCCAUCUCGCGGACUGCGCGAGUGCGACUGCAUGGACCAAACAUACCUACCUAGCACGACUUUUAAUAGAUCAAAGUACAAAUUUCAAUAAAGUAAGAUGCAUUAGUGCUCCGGCGCAUGUUUGUCCACCGUUGUCAAUUACUCAAAUAUUUGAAUUGUGAUUCGGUAGCUAAUGAGAGAAACUCUAUGUUCUUAAAUUUAAUGUACAUAUUAUAUACGGAGUUGGGCAUUAUGGCGCGGUGAUUCGCGGCCGUUGUAAAUACAUAAUGUAAAAUAAUAAUUUUAUCGGUAUGGAUGUGUAAGCGACGCACGCCGCCGUCUUGUAUCAUGCGACCUCUAUUCUGUCCAAUACACUCAAGUACAGAUUUACAAGUUACAUAUUUUAAUUCGUUUUAAUAUAAGGUGUCACAAAAUAUUGCCAGUACCGAUUUGAAAGAUGUCUAAUUAGUUGUAAUUCGUGGGUUCUGAACUCGUAAGUGAUGCACUGGAUACUUGGAUAGUCUAUGAGUGUUGCGUUCCGAUCGUUUUCUGAUUUGACGAUUUAUUUUGCAUACUUACUUAGAUUUUUUUGUUAAACUUGUCCGUAUGGUUGGUUGUGAUGGUUUACUUAAGUAAGUUAGCGAAUUAUGGGUAAACGACUCUAUUGAAUAUAAUAUACUUACAAGUUUGUACUAAGCCUCCUGCUUUAUGCCUCUGUCGUCGGCGCCCGAGAAAAUUGUUCAAUUUUUAAUUUAAACGUACUUAAAGUAUUUAAGUAAGUUAUGUCUACACGUAAGGUUUUUAGUUUAAAAUUAUCUCGACUGUACCAAUUAGUAUAAUGCAUCGCCAGCGCAUGUGUGACAGAGGCAUAAGCCGUUUCAUAUGCUUGCAAUUAUGUACAAAUAACAGAUUUUAAACAAUCUAUUAAAUUACCUUGUCUUUAAAUUUCCGAUUAAUGUUUCCAUAAAAUAUAUCAAAAUUGUAUAAAAUUAUUAAUAAAUGAAUUGUACAUCGUCCUCAACACGUUACAAAUUUGGUAUGCGUUCUGGUGUUUGUCUAAAUGCUUCAAAGUGAUGUACAAAAGAUGUAAAGAGCUAUUUAUUACCGGGCCGCUACCCCCGAGCUAGUGUUGUGACUACAGCAAUAAUUGUAGACAGUAGACCUGUCUCGUCCGUCUUCUCACCGUCGAAAUCGUUUCAAAGAAACCAUUUCGACAUCAUCAUACGUAACUUUAUAAUUACAUUAUGUAAGUGUAAUUUCUUAGUGUUUUUCAUUGCCAUUGGUUACCAAAAAUGACAGGAUUUAUUAUUGAAACGAUUGUGUAUAUUCUAGAAAAAUACUCCCCUUAGAAAAUUGUGAAAUCAAUUUUGAAUAUACUUGUUCUGCACAUCGAAUUGUUAAGCGUUCCUCAUGUUAGGAGUUGUUCAAAAUUGUUUCCUGUGUUCUAAUAUAAGAAAUAUUGUAAUAUAAUUAUUGUUUAAGCUGUUGUGUCGAAAAUAACAAGAACAGGAAUAAUUUUGUGAAACAAUGGCACAAAGAAUGAACAUAAAUAUUAUAUAUAUUAUAGAAACAGAAAUGUGG